AUGCCCCGCCGCGCUACGCCGCCAUGCCCCGCGCUCUGCGCAGCCGUGCCGCAAAGCACGUCGGGAGCCGUAGUUCCGCCCCAGCGGAGGACUACAACUCCCAUGGUGCAGCGCGGCAGGGCAACUCGCUCCCCCCCGUCCCGUCCCGGCGGAAAGCGGAGGCCCCGACGGGACGGGAGCGAAGCCCCACGGGGCCGGCGCUGGGACACGGCGCUUCCCCGGGUGCCAACCGGCACCGAGCUCCGCGCUCCAAGCCGACACCACCCCCAUGCCCGCGGCCCGCGCCUCUCCCCCAAACCUGCCCGAGGAGCCCGGCCCGGCCGCCGCAGAAGCCGGUGCGGACCGGAGCAUGUACCACCCCCCGCCCCGGAGCCCCGCAACCGCAGGCGGGUGGCCCCGGCCGGGGCUACAAGGCAGCCGUCGGGGUGCCGGUUGAUGAAUGGGAGCCCCCGCCCUUCGCCCCCACCCCUCGGCCCCGCCCCGCGCCAUUGGCCCCCGCCCCGGCUCGCUCUGCUCCGCGCUCGGGCCGCCCGCGCCGUCGGGGCCGGUCGCGGCCGUGGCCAUGGCCGCCCGCCCGCCGCCCCUCCGCGCCCCGCCGCCCGCCCGCCGCCCGCCGCUAUGAGGCGCGGGGGCCCCGCCGCCCUCGCCGCCUGCCUCGCCGGGGCGUUCGCCGUGCUGGCGGGGCCGGGGUCUGGGUCGGGCAGCACCGCCUGGGGCGGCCGGCGGCCCCCCCGCAGCUACGGCCACUUGGAGGGCGACGUGCGCUGGCGCCGGCUCUUCUCCGCCACCCGCUUCUUCCUGCGCAUCGACGGCAGCGGCGGCGUGGAGGGGACGCGCUGGAGGGAGCGGCCGGGCAGCAUCGUCGAGAUCCGGUCGGUGCGUGUCGGCGUCGUGGCCAUCCGUGCGGUGCACACCGGCUUCUACCUGGCCAUGAACAAGCGGGGCAGGCUCUAUGGGUCGAAGGAAUUCAGCCCCAACUGCAAGUUCAUGGAGCGCAUCGAGGAGAACGGCUACAACACGUACGCGGCGCUGCGCUGGCGGCACCGGGGCCGCCCCAUGUUCCUCUCGCUCAAUAGCAAGGGCAGGCCACAACGAGGGGGCAAGACGCGGCGGCAGCAGCUCUCCACGCACUUCCUCCCCAUGCUCGUCGGCUGAGCCCGUCCCGGGGGAGAAAACUUGGGGGGGGAAAGGGUGAUUUUAUUUAUGUACAGAUCUAUUUUUAUGUUAUUUAUUGGUUUGGUUUGGAUGGAUGCGGGAGGAAGAUGCUCCAGAUGCAGCCGUGCAGGGAUCCG